GGCGUCAGGUCCAGCCAAGGCUUUUCCCAAAGACUUGUCUGAAGACAUCAAGCUCCACCGGUUCAGAAGCUUCAGGUUCCGUCAUGACGAUGGAUCCUAGAUAUAAAUCAGUUGAUGCAGAUAAGGACCUGGUGGACUGGAGAAAGCCUCUGCUUUGGCAAGUGGGCCACCUAGGUGAGAAGUACAACGAAUGGGUGCACCAGCCAGUGGACCGGCCUAUUCGCCUGUUCUAUUCGGAUUUCAUGGAGACCCUCUCCAAGGCAACAUGGUACGUUGUCUGUAUGUUCUGGCUACCAGUGAUGUUCCUCCUCAGCUGGCACUGCUACAUGACACUUGCCCAAGGCAACACCCAGCUGUUCUCCUCCUUCACAUCAGCCUAUGCCAUUCCCAUUCACAAAUACUGGUUCCCAUUGCUCUUUCUUAUGGGGAUAUUCACCUGGUCCCUGGUGGAGUAUCUCAUUCAUCGCUUCAUCUUCCACAUGAAUCCUCCUGCCAGCAGCUACUAUCUGAUUACCUUGCAUUUCCUGCUGCACGGCCAGCAUCAUAAGUCCCCGUUCGAUAGCUCCCGCCUGGUCUUCCCACCUGUGCCAGCCUCCCUGCUUGCUUUACUUUUCUACGUUCUUGCCCGCGUGGUUUGCCCUGGAGUCUUUGGGGUCUCCAUCCUGUGCGGAGGGGUCUGUGGCUACCUUAUUUAUGACAUGAUGCAUUAUUACUUGCACUACGGCUCACCCAGAGAAGGCACCUACCUGUACAGACUGAAGAUCUAUCACAGCAAGCACCAUUUUGAACACCAGAAUGCAGGGUUUGGUAUUUCCAGCCGAUUCUGGGACCAUCCCUUUCAGACGCUGAUUCCUGAAGAAACUGCUAAGAAAGAUUAGUCUCCGGGGUGCCUGCCUGGCCUGUUGCUGUGUUGAUAGUCCUUUGGUGGGACUUUGCAAAGCUGAGGAGCGGGGCUUGCAACAGGACUGUGGCCCAGAGCGGGGAGAGAACUGACUUUCCGUUUCAUGCUGCUUUUUGUGGCCUUAUUCCUUGGGGUUCUAGGGGGAACAGUGCCUUAAGAGGCCCGGGGCUCUGAAGAAGCAAAUGGUGGGGAGAGGGCCAAACUAUAUCUCAGUGUCAUAGUCAGGGACAGGUGCGAGGAGAGAAAUCCUGCUCAGCUCUAUUUCCAAGCACCCCAAAAUUCAGUGGUACCUCUACUUUUUGUAACAUAAAUGAUUGAAUGUAUACCUAUGACAUCUAAGGAGAUCUUGUGACAGAGCAUGACUCACAAGGGGCUCUGGACUCCUAGAUAUCCUGGUUGCUAGCACGGGUUUUGUGGGUGAGAGAAAGGAUGCAUGGUGGAACGAGAGGAACUCUGUCAAAACCUUUGGGGUGAGUGUGGAUUAGGGAUCUGCAUGGACCUAGCUUGGUUGCUCUUUGUUGCUCUUUGGAGAACAUGGUGGAAAGGGUCAGCCAGGAUUCCCAACUCGGUGCUGAUCUCUUGGGAGAAGGAUGGAGACCCACUUCAGCAGGUAUAUCAAGCCUGACUGAAAAUGGGUUGACUUUACUGUAAAUUGGCCAGUUGAAAAGAUUCAAAUCAUGUACUGUGGAAUUAUACAAAACUAGUGUUCUUACUUUAGCUGGAUUCAAAGGCCCAGUAGAUUCUGAAGAAUCCUCCCCUCCAUUCUUGCUGCUUUUCUGGUGGUUGCCAUUAUGAUAUUAUAAGCCAAGAAUGAAAGUGUGUCAAGCAAGGGUAAAAGAAAAGGCAAACUUCCCCUUUCUUCUUUUUUGUCUUCCUGUGCCCUUAAUACUUUAGUCUCAAGUGGCACUCCGUAAUUGCAGUCACUAUCACAGUCUGACUCAUAUUACCUUUAUCUUUUGUUUUGUAAAAGUCACCAAUUGCCUGCACUCUUUAAUAGUAAGAAAAAACAUUCCCACGAAGGUCUGGUUCGUUUGUUUAAUUUAAUUCCAAUUGAUUCAAAAGCACUUUCACCCAAAAAAUAAUCUUUCAAAAUAACUGUCCUCUUUAUCCGUUUUAAACU